UACAUGGCCUUCUCUGAGCUUGUUUUGGUUUUUGUAGAUGUUUUGACAAAUUUUGUUGCGAAUCGAAGUACGUGCGCGUGCGCUGUGCGUUUAUAUUUUAUCAUUUCUGCAUUGUUUCUUUUCGUCUUUUGUACUUACAGCUUCGGUUAGCGGUGUUAGUAGUGCCUAUGUGACGAACACUUGGACCGCAUUUCAUGUUGUACGGUAGGCGCGGAACAUGCUGAAAUCAACCUGAAAGUUGUCUGAGAAUUGCCCGAGGAAUACGCGGCCGUCAACGUCAAGUAGCGAUUAGAAAGGGUUCUGCUCCUUUUACGGGUUGCUUUCCCGCUCUGCAGGCCUAGCUCCUCUACUAGGAUCUGUACGUGCUUGGCACUGUGUUUUUCCUAGCCUUCCUAGCAGAUGUAAUUCAGGCUGCCAAGUUGGUGGAGUUCGUUAUGCUGGUAGUGCUGCACAUAGGAGCACGCAUGUAAAGUGUUGCCUUUCAACGAUACACGCAUAGUGUGCUUCAGCACCCGUCUGUUCCGUUAACGUUUCAGUUAGACGUAAAGAAGAAACCGAGGGUACAUGCGCUGUGCGUCUGUAUUUUCAUUUCUGUCGUUCCUUUUUUUUUUUUUUUUUUUUUUUUUUGUUCCAGGUCUCUCGGUUUCUUCUUUAUAUCUACGGUGUACCAACUAGCCUGCGCCCUCUCCCUCCUGUCGAACAUUCCAGUUCACCUGCACAGCGAAAAAAUAAAUGGCGUAUUGCUGUUUACACGCACGCCUCUUGCCUCGCAGUUUAUCUAGCUUUUAUAAUGGCUGCCAAAUAAACGUAAUUUUAUCAUUAUGAAUAAGAAGUUGUAUAGUUUCACCCUUUCCCAUGUUGAUGUUUGUGUGCGAGUUUACAAAUGGCCAGUUUAAAAAAAAAAAUGUUGGGUUAGCAUUCUCCCCAUCUACCACGCAUUAAAUCAGAGUAUGCCCGUCUAUUAGCCUCGUUUACAUUUUAGGACAAGAGUACUGAUGCACAUGUCUUGAUUGGGCACCGACGUUUGCUAAUGGAGUGCCUGCAAAUCAAUGAAAAAAGGUCGCAUACCAGAUAACUCCUUCACUGAUAUCAGAAAUUAUGGCUAGCACACCAUGCCCACUUGACCCACAUGGCUAACCCUGUUUCACGUGGGUCAAGCAUAUUGUUACAUCCUUAUGAGAGAAGUAUUAGUACAGGAAACCCACAAUGAUAAUAGCCUGAGCUUAAGCUACGAAAAAGACAGAUGACACAGAGACAACUAACCCAGUCAUCUCUUUUUGUCACCCAGGCACAGGUUUUUCUCAUGACUGAACUCAUCCACCAGCUCGCCUGGGUUUUUGUCCUUUUAUCAGCACAGGAGACUCCCUUGCAUUCUAAGGUUAAUGCCUGUUCACAUGGCAACAGCCCCCCAACACACCCGUAAUUACAAUCCCAGCAAAAUACCACAAGUUUCCCAGCCACGUGCCUCCAAUUUGUCCAUUACGUAUUGAGCAAUUAAAGUAACGUAAUUAAAUAAUUAGUAAGACUCGACAAAGUACCUCAAUUCGGCGUUGGUGCCAGAAAAUUUGGAUACUUCGAGCAUAACAGUAUUAUGCAAGCGAGCUGGUGUAAGCAUGAUGCAGGCAGCACAUCCCUGAGUCUGGGGUGAAGACAAGGGGACAAACAAACAGUACCACACGUCAAGGCUGAAUUCAAAAAGAAAAAAAAAAACAAGCAAGAAAACUCAAAGUAACGAAGUGGUAAGGUAGACGUUUUACCGUGGUGCUGAAAUUCGUGCAAUCCCAAGGCCCAUUUCUUUGCCACUUAUAAGUUUUAUAAGAACAUUUUGGAUGUUGUUAGCUUCUAAAUGGCAACCUUAGAUGUAGAGUUCAAGAAAAAGAGAGAAAUUGAGAAAAGGAAGUCGCACAGUCUCAGGUUAGGUCAGAAUGGAAGCUGAGAAAUCAAAUUUGCCCAGGAGUUUCAUCUUACGAGGGGGGUGUUGCAAUUCCUUAAAGGGUGGCUGCUGUCAUGCAUGUUCAUAUAAAAUGCAUUCGUGUUGAGGUGCUGGGAAGAUCCCUGUAUGAAACCACUAGAUUACCUCCUUUCUUUGUCAUGGUGAUGACAGUACAACAGGUAGCAUCUCAGAAUCUGCAAUCUCCGGUUGGAUUUUUCAAAAAUUGUCUUUUUAUAUUCUGCGACAGGAAUGGACUACUCUGAUUUUGCAUAUUUGAUCAUUCUUUUGCGAAGUCUCAGAAAAGCAUGCUACCUACAUCCAAAUGUUUUUUUUUUUUUUGCCUUUUUCCAGUUGUAACAAAUUUCAUGAUUUUAGGUGUUGAUAAUGUUAAGGCACUAAUAUCGCAACUGCGUUAAUGUGAAUGCUAAUUGUGAAAUAUUGAAAUGUCAAAGUAACAGUUUUGACACACUGAGAAAAUGAAAAGACUCCAAUGAUUUAGGAAUCCUCUACACAAAGUUACCAAUCUAAUCAACAAAUUAUUAAUGUACCUCUUCGAUGUGAUACACUAGGAUAAAAGCUGACUACAACACUAUCAUUUCGAUUUAUUUGUCUCUCUUAUUUUCAAGUUAACUUAGUUAAUUAAGACACAGACAAUGCAUGUUUAGGGCCUUGUGCUUUAGGGUUAAACCUGGUUAAACCAUUUUUACCCCCCCGAUUCGCAUCAUUGUCACCUUGGGGAAAAACCCGAAAACCCCCGAAGACGAACUUGCCAAAGUGCAAAGAGUCCACCAAUACAGGCAGAGGAGAACGCUACUUCAUUGCAUUACAUGUGCAUUGUACUGCACACCAGAGUAUUGACAGAAGGGAAAAAAAAGAAACAGGAAUUGUUUUUCGGCAUGUUGUAGCUCAUGAGAUACAAAUGCUCAAACACACUUUUGUGACGAGCUCUGACAUCAGAAGAAUGACAGCCUUCGCUAUUCCUGUUGGUUCUUGUAUGUGACCUCUCGCGCGGCUGAGUCACUGGCCCGAAGAUGCCUGCUGUCCAGACACAAAUUUCUUCAUGUCUGUUGCCUCCUUUGCUGUCAGACUUGGAACAGACCCCUACUACUUGGAACAGACCCCUUUCUACCCCUUUCCCUCCCCUGCAUCUAAUGCAUAAACAAAGCUGGCAGUUCACGCAGCGCCCUCACACGUCCCCCUACCCUUGAUGAGUGCAUGUUGGGUGAUGAUUGGGACGGCCUUUGGGUAGGUCCUGCAGGCAUGUAACAAAGCACAGUAAUCGUGUAAACAAUAUCCAUGCAUCAUUAAGAACAAAGUACCAAAAUCAUGCUAUAACAAGUACAUUAUUGUAAUAAUCAUCCAUAGCUUCCGUCAAAGCAAUCCGGCUGCCUGCAGCAGGAACUUCUGCAACCCCCUCCAGAUGCACAUUUAAAAAUCUGCAUGAACAGCACAUGCUGGAGUCUAUAACAUGGAGCAUAUUCGCAAUUCAGAAGCUGGUGAGCCUCACAGCAGACAGCAAUGAGUGACACGGCUUACAGCAAAACGUCGGAGACUUCAGAAGACCCCGAGAAAGGUGCACAUGAGGUCAGCAAGCGAAAGCAUUCACUGUUGCUUGGCAAGUCAAACAAAGUGAUUGCAGAGCUCACAGAAAAGAAUCAACAGCUUGAAAAGCAGAAGUUGGACCUACUCACACUGAUCAAAAAGCAGAUGAAAUUAAUAGAUAUCUUGAAGAAGCAAAAGAUUCACCUAGAGUCUACGAGAAUUAUACAGUUCACAGAAGAAGAGCUGACAAAGCUAUUUGCAAUUGAGCAAAAUGAUCCAGUUUAAGAUGGCCCAAACAUAUUCCAAUGGCUAGAGUUUAAGCAUGUUCCUCGGCACCACAAAGCAUUGUUUGUCUUCAGCAUCCCUCACAAAUUAGCCAGCACAUAUAGCAGCAGUACUACCACUAAUGCAUGCUAUUCAUAUCAGUAUUCCACUUGUGCGCUUCUAAGGUUACAGAACUAUUAAAACUGAAAUUUUUAAAAUAUG